GUUCGCGCUUCUGAAGUACGAAAGUUGCAAAAAUUUUCAAGUUUCUCAAAAAAAAAUACUGAUAACAAAAUCAAAAAAUAUUGAAGUUUGCUUUUUGUUUUCCCUAAAAUGAAAAUAAAUUAAAUAUUUUGAGAAAAUGUCUAAAGAAAAACAAGCGGUGUUGAGCUAUUUAGAAAAAGUAAAUCGACCGUAUAGUGCCAAUGAUGUAGUUCAAAAUCUUCAUAAAGAAAUUGGCAAAGCUGCCAUUCAAAAAGCUUUGGAUCAGUUGGUAACCGAGAAAAAAGUCAAUGAAAAGAUUUAUGGCAAACAGAAAGUUUACUCAGUAGUUCAAAAAGACGACGAUGAUAAAAAAGAUGUUAACGAAGAGCUUCGAAAAUUGGAAACCCAGAUUUUGGAAAAAAACAAUAGUCUGCAGAAAGCUGAGCAACAGUUGAAACAAAAUCAGAGCCAGUUAAAUAAGUUCCAAUCUGCGUUAACAACCGAAGACGCGAUAGCUAAAAGAGAUGCGCUGAAAUCAGAAUUAGAAAAGUUGGAAACCAAAUAUACUAAACUGUCUCAAAAUACGGUGUUAAUUUCAGAAACUGACCGGAAAAAAAUAAUGAAGAAACAUGAAACCGUUGUAAAAGAAUAUAAAAAAAGAAAACGAAUCUGUAUGGAGAUGAUAAACAGCAUUUUAGAUAGUUAUCCGAAGAGUAAAGCUGCAUUAAUUGAAGAAAUUGAUUUAGAAUUAGACGAUGAAACUAAUACUCCUCCUGUUUAAACAUUUUGAAAAGUUUGCUCUUGAAAAUAUGUGUUUUGUAAUUUGUGAGCUUUAAGCUCAAAUGUGUUAAUACUUAUUCGCAGUGAUACUUUUAGGGAGUAUCAUAAGGUGUUUUUUUAAAUAGUCAAAUUAUGCGUUAUUUAUGUUUUAACCUGCGCAAAGGAAAUUCCUGAAUUUUCCGUUAUGAUUUUGUACGUUUUUAUUACAAUAUAAUUAUAUUUAUUACCAAUGCAAAA